AUGGCGGUGCUGCUCCGAGGAGGAUGCGGAGCCCUUCCCCGCCUUCCUCCCGCCCCGGCCGGGCUGUGCUGGGGGCCCGCAGGGCGUGUGCGAACCGAGCCGGGCCGGGACAGCGCUGCCCCGAUUCCGAUCCCGGACUCGGACCCGGACCCGGACCCGGACCCGGACCCGGACCCGGACCCGGACCCGAUCCCGAUCCCGAUCCCGAUCCCGAUCCCCAUCCUCAUCCCGAUCCCGAUCCCGACCCCGAUUCCGACCCCCAUCCCGAUCCCGAUCCCGGCGCGAUGUGAGCGCUCCCGCACCAUGUCCCGGCAGCGAGACCUGGACAAGCUGCUGUCGGACCUGCGCUCCUUCCUGCUCAUCCUGGACCGCGAAAGCCUCAGCGCCGCAGCUCGGGCCAAGAAAAAGUCCGUGUCCGACCUCCUGUCCCGGCUGCAGAGCCCGGCGUCAGAGGAUGCAGAGUACAUGAUCAUGCGCUGCCUCUCGCCCUCCCCGGGGACCCCGCAGGGCCAGACCAGCCCGGGAUCCCGGACGGUGGAUGCGGGGGGAGGCUGCGAGCGCCGCCCGGGCAGCGCCCCGAGCCCGCCCCGAGCGAACAAGGCGCCGGCUGUCCCCCCGUCUCCCCCAGCCGACGACUCCUACGAAGACGCCGAUCCCCCCGGGCAGGGCAGAACCGGCGGUGGCGACAGCGACAGCAGCCAUUACGAGUCGUACGGAGAGGAGGAGGAGGAGGAGGAAGAGGGGGUGACGGACCGAGCCCAUUACCUGCGCUGGCCAUCGGCCACCAGCGCCGAGGCCGAGCCCCCCGGGCGCCCCGAGGCUCAGCUCUGCGGCUUCCUCUGGAGGAAGCGCUGGCUCGGGCAGUGGGCGAAGCAGCUCUUCAUCGUCCGGGAGCACGCGCUGCUGUGUUUCAGGUGCGCCGCUGACCUGCAGCCGGUGCUGGAGCUGGACCUGCGAGGCUGCCGUGUCACCUACAAGGACAAGCGAGGCAAGAAGAUGCCGCACGCCCUGAAGGUGACAGGGACGGCCGGAGAGGCGCUGGUCAUCGGCUUCCAGAGCCGGCAGCAGGCUGAGGACUGGAGGAAGGUGAUCGAGGAGGUCAGCAGCGAUGGCCCGAGCGGGCUGGCAGCCCUCGGUGUCCCAGCGUCACCUUCCUCGAGGCUCAGCAGGGUCGGCAAGGAGGAAGAGGAUGAGGAGGAGGAGGAUCGCUCCCGGCAGAGCCCUGCCCGCAGCCCGCGGACCGGGGAGGAUUCCAGAGGAGGGUUCCUGGCUGUGAGGCUCCGCGGGCGCUGGCAGCGCCUGUGGUGUGCGGUCCGGCACGGAGCCCUGCGCAUGUUCCCGGAGCCCGGCACUGCCCAGCACCCCGUCUGUGCCCUGCGCCUGGACGGCUGCGAGGUGUCCCCGGGGGUGGCCGCCGGCUCCCCCCAAAACCUCCGGAUCCGCAUCGCCCAGCGCGGCCGGGAGCUUGCCCUGCUGCAGGCCCGUUCGGAUGAGGAGAGAGAAGCCUGGCUGAAGACCCUGCAGGCCAGGGGAGGAGGAAUGGAGCCAAAGAAGGGUGAUGGCCCCCCCCCGAGACCCCCGAGGCCGAGCAGCCGCCCUGCUGCCGGAGGGCUGCUGCUGCGCCGUGUCCCGACCCCAAACACCUACAUGGACGAUCCCUUCGGGCAGCCCCCGCCAGCUGAGACCCCCAAACAGCUCUACUCCAACGCCGAGCGGCUGCAGCAGCUGCAGCAGAGCCUGGACCGGGCAGCGCAAGGGCAGCGCCGGAGGCCGGUGUCAGCCCUGCCCUCCUGCGGCCACGCCCCGGGCCCUGCCCGGCCCCCGCAGCCAGGGCCACCGGCUGCUCUCCAGGCCCGGCCUGCCAGCGCCCAGCUGCCAAAGGACAGCGCCAAGCUCCCGAGCGAGGAUUGUUCCGUGUCCCAGCACACCCUGACACUGCCCGGGAGGAAGGGGCCGUGGGAUGGGCUCGGGAAAAGAGCUUUUCCCAAGCUGGAGGAGAAGGUGGGACAGCUGGAGAAAGGAUGCCCUGGGAAGGGCAGGAUGAAAGCCGGCUCCGAGAUGAACCUGCUGGCCCUCGGGAGGUCACUCAAGGGCCACAUCACCGCCAGCUCGGGCGGGUCCGAGGGAUCGUUCCUCAGGCCGCUGCUGAAGCGCAGCACGUCAGCGAGGAGCGCCCUGAGGCCGCCCCCGUCCCCGCUCAUGGCGGGGAAGGGAAAUGUGAUGAGGAAGACAAAGGAGUGGGAGAUGAAAUCCGUGAUGUGAGCACGGAGUGGGAGUCUCCCAGAGAACAUCGGGCUGCACGUGGAUCGUGCAGGACCAGCCUGGAAUCAGCCUGGAAUUUGACUUUUAUCCAUCACUAUCAACGCUACAACUACGCACAUCUAUUUUUAUAUCCAGAUAUAUCGAUACACACAUAUCAGCUCUCCAGCCGUGGGCUGUCCCCACUGCAUCCCCACCCAUCCCAGCAGCUCAUUUUUGGGGUACAGAAUUCCCGGGUAAUUCAGGAACUGCUGGCUCUGUCCCAAAUCCAUCAGCAGUUCCCCAAUCCCCCUCCCAGGACCCUAAAUUUGCAGGGAUGGGUGUGGAUAAACUCUGGAUCCAGCAGGAGUGGGGGGCAGAGAUUUGGGAGGCAUCCGAUUGUCCAUUCCCUGGAGUCAGCGGGACCCGGGCUGGGCCCUGGGCUUUUCCAGCA